GUGCUUAGUCUGGACAAACAGAACGCUUAUUGCAAAAUGUCAGCGAUUUGGAAGCUUACGGUGCCGCUUCUCGCCCUGUUCUUUACAGUGGCAAGUGGUCUGGCUAUCAUCGGAGGACCCACUAAUGCGGACCCGAGUGAACAAGAAGUCAAAGACGCCUUGCAGUAUACUGUCGACCACAUCAUCGGAUGGGGAAACACUCCUUUUCUCAGAAAAUUGACAAGAGUAGACGACAUUAAGCAACAGGUGGUUGUCGGAAUGAUGUACGUCCUCACAGUAGAGAUGGCCAGGACGAACUGCACGAAGGAGAAGGAGGAGAAGGAGGAGACGCAGUGUGUCGUGUACACGGACCCGAUGAUCGCAUCCCCCAUAAGAUGCAAUGCUGACGUAUGGAAGCAUCCCAUCACUGAAAAGUACGAAAUGAUGAAGAUGGCUUGUGUGGCCUAAGAACAUCACGGAGAACGGCUGCAUUACUUUAAGUUCAAUCACCUUAACAGUCGCUUGCUCUGCCUGCUUGGAGACACCGAAUUAACCCACGUGUUAUGUCACUCAUAUUUCUUCACCAGUGUUAUGAAAACAAUUUCAUAUUUUUUUGUUUUAUCUUUCUUUUUGGCAUUUCUUAUUCAUAACUGAAAUAAGUGCCGUAUUGGCAAAGCGAGCUAUGCAAUAAAUCAUUCAUAUUUGAACUAAAUAAAUGAUUGUUAAAACACUGCAA